CCCCUCCCUCCCAGUGAGUUCCGUCACUACGACAGCUCAGUUAAAUUCCUGCACUCACGGAUCCGCGACUCCACCUGUUAACAGUGAACCUGUCAAGAUUCCUCAGCGCGACCCGGUCCAACGGUUCGUCCACCGAUUUCGCUUUUCGCUCCGACGGGUUCCUGCAGAACCAUGUGGCGAUAAAAGCCUUCCACUAUUUGACGGAUAACUAGUCAUGUUUCAGGACAACACAUGGUUAAAAAAUGUUUAAGUGCUUCAUCUGGUAAUUAAAGUGGUGGUUGCUAAGGGAUGACAAUCAGUGACAUUGCUGAAAGCCUCAGUUUCACAGCAGUCUGAAGCUCGACUUCUCUGAGCUCGCUUUCCUCCAGCUCUGUCUAUAGCUGGCUGAUGUGAAGGACAGAGAAAAACACUUCUACUUCAAGACACUCACUGACAUCAUGGCAGCUUUCACUGCUCCAUGUCCCGACAUCAACACAGCAGGCUGCAGCAUGGCCCAGAUUACAUGCCAGAGGAAAGGCAGCAGCGACAACCUGCGUGCACGAGAUAGUGACUUGAAAAGGAGCGGGAGUUCAGAUGAUGGACAGAACACUAUCCUGGAGAAAACCCACGAGUUCUUCCAGAUGUGUGACAUUGAGAACAAGGGCUUCAUCACCCGCCGGGACAUGCAGAGACUGAAUGGUGAGCUUCCCCUUAGUGCAGAGGAGCUGGAGAACGUAUUUGAUAUGCUUGAUUCUGAUGGCAAUGGAUUCCUCACACUCGAAGAGUUCUCCUCUGGUUUUAGUGGGUUUUUGUUUGGUCGUAGGAUUUCUGUAGAUGAUGUCAUGGGUGAGAAAAACCUCAGUAAAAGCCUGCCAGAGGUUCUAUACCAGUCCCAGUGGGAGGAGGGUCCAGGAAGAAGAGGUGAAGAUGAUGAGGAAAAGCACUUUGCCAUGCUCAUGGAGAGCCUAGGGGCCAGCAGCAUCCUAGAGAAGAAAGCGAAGGAGGUCAGAGUUGAUGGAAAUAUGGAUGGAGCUAAAUCCAGGACAAUCCUGGAAGAAAACCUGUUGGAGGCUGCAGAAGACCUGAGACUGAGGUGGAGUCCUGCUGAGGUGCGAACUCUGUGGGCCAAGCUGCGCCGCGAUGAACCACACCUUCUGUCAAAUUUUGAGCAUUUCUUGGCCAGAGUGACGGCCCAGAUCAGAGAGGCCAACCAGGAGAAGAGGGAGAUGGAAAGCGCUCUUAAAAGGAAAGCAGCAACACAUGACGAUGAGAUUCAGCACCUUUAUGAAGAAAUGGAGCAGCAAAUAAAAAGUGAAAAAGACAAAAUUGUACUGCAGGAUUAUGAGCGAUUUCUGUCCCGGAGUAAAGACCUGGAGCUGCAGCUGUCCAGUAAGGAGACGGAGCUGGAACAACUCUUCCAAAAACAGAGAAGGCUGGAGGGUCAGUGCCAGGAGCUUCAUAGUGAGCAACAUGUGACCAAAGUGGAAAACGUGAAGCUGAAACAGACUAACGAUGAUUUGGCUCGAGAGCUGGAGCUCGUCAGCCAGGAGCUGACAUUAGCUCAGGAGCAGCUGAGUUUGCUGCAGGAACAAUCCACACGACUUCAUGAGGAGAAAGAGAUGGAAAUAUACAGACUUACUGAAGGACUGCAACGAGAGCGAGCAAGCCUUCUGAAACAGCUGGACCUUUUGAGAGAAAUGAACAAACAUUUGCGGGAUGAAAGAGACAUGUCCUUUCAGAAACCAAAGAGUACCAAACAAACUUUGAAGCAGAGGUCUUUGAUUGAUGGUGUGAAACAAACCAGCACAGAUGUCUUUAAAAGUGAGGAUAAGGAGGAACUAACUUCCACUGCUCUAAGGCAGACCCUAGUUAACGGAUUAUACCAGCCGUCGAUCUCCGCUGAAGCAAGCGGUCGUUUCCAGAGGAUCAUCUCAAUUGAAGAAGACCACCUCCCCUACUUACUUAUUGAAAGCCAGACUGAAAAUGCUCUCCAGGAGUUUGCUGAAGGAGAGAGAGGCUCGGGCAGUGAAGACGGUGUGGAUAUGAUGAGCGCUGUUUACGGGAGGUCGUCACCACUUCAACUGCAGCAGUCUGAGGAAAGUGUGGAGGAAAGACAAAUUCCGUCAUCUCCAAGGGGUCAGCCGGUUGGCAAAGAAACCAGCAUAAAUGUAAGAGUUGCCACAUGUAAGGAGGAAGGUGUUCUUUCAGCACCUGACCGCCUCUUCAAGAUUGUCCUGGUGGGGAACUCCAGCGUCGGAAAGACCUCCCUUCUCCAAAGAUUUUGUGAUGACCGCUUCCACCCUGGCACUUGUGCCACUGUUGGCAUAGAUUACAGCGUAAAGACAAUAACUGUGGAUAACAGCCAGGUGGCGCUGCAGAUGUGGGAUACAGCAGGACAGGAAAGGUAUCGAAGCAUCACCAAGCAGUUCUUCCGCAAAGCUGAUGGUGUUAUUGUGAUGUAUGAUAUAACUGCUGAGCAGAGUUUCACUGCAGUCAGACAGUGGAUGACAAGUGUCAAGGAAGGCACAGGUGAGGACAUACCCAUCAUGCUGUUGGGAAACAAAACGGACAAGGAGGCAGAGAGAGAAGUUCAGAAGGAAGUGGGCGAAAGACUUGCCAAGGAUUGUCAGAUGACCUUCUUUGAAUGCAGUGCAUGUUCUGGAUACAAUGUGGCAGAGUCUAUGGUGCAUUUAGCCAGAAUUCUGAAGGAACAAGAGGACCAAGAAAAGGAGAAGACGGUCCAGCUGAUCAGGAGCCCCUCAAAGAAGAGGUCCUGCUGCUAAAAAAUAACUUUAUCCAAUGUAGCACUACUCUUCAACCAAGGGAUAAAAGGUCCUAGUGUAAGCACAUGAGAACACAUUCAAUGUCAGCACAGCUAAAGCUUUCGACUUUAGCCCCAUCAGCAGAAUCAAAAUGCUCUCCUGUCCAUAUUUGCACUGUAAUAAAAGAGUAAACUGAUUCAGGUUGAAUAAAAUGAGCACCAUUAUGAUGUUGUGGGUUAGAUGUACACCUAGCUAGACAGAAGACAAAGUUGAACUGGAUUUCCAUGAUGUUUUAGUUUAUUCAGCAUGUUCACCCAAACAUUUCAGUCAUAAUUAUCCUAAUUAGCUGUUCUGCAUAUUUAUUUCAUUUACGAAGGCCAUGUUAUUCAUUUGUUUUUACCAGUAACAUUGAUAUAGAUUUAUUAUGAGGUGUUCUGGUUUUAUGUUCUUUCACUUGCUAUAUAUUAAUAUAUAACUUUACAUGAAACUUUAUACCUUUUGAUAAAACGUUGUUGGUCAGGUUUUAUCUGAUAUGUUGAUUCAGUGCAGUUUACAAAUAUUUGUGGUCUUAUGUGACAUUUCUUCAUCUAAUAAUGUUAAAGUAUGAAUAUAAAGAAGUAGAGGCAUUGCACAUAUAUAUUUGUUCCCAGUUGUGUCUGUUUGUCCUUUUCCUAAUUAUUGUAAUUGAUGGAUGGUAAUUUAUUUUCUAUUAAAGGUUUUUCAUUUAUAUUGUCAGUUGUGUUGUAAAUUUAACUGUAAGACAAGAUCAAUUCUAUAUUAAUCUGCCUCAAUGCCAAAUAUUUUAUGAAAAUGUUCUGUAAUUUUUGUAUGGAUAUUUAAAAUGUAGUAAAAACUUUAUUUUUGUCACAGUUUCACUACUCUUAGGGUCUCCUGUUAGUUUAAUGUAUAAAUAGAAAUGAAAAUAAAUGUUUGUAAAACACUA